UGUGCGGCCUUCACACAGGCUGUCGCAGGAGCAGGAGCAACAAGCGAACCGCGAGCGGAGAGGAGAGACAACGAGGAAACAUCCCGACGCUCCGGUCCAAAGCGGUUUGAGAAGCCUUCUAGGCCUCCUAGUAGUAAUAAUAAUAAGAGAAGAACCGCGUCGGGAUCCUCUGAAUCCGCGCUAUGGAGCCCCAGCUGCUUUGCUGCGAGGUGGAGACCAUACGGAGGGCUCACCAGGACCACAACCUCCUGAACGACCGCGUCCUGCUCACCAUGCUGCGGGCGGAGGAGAACUACCUCCCGGCGCCCAACUACUUCAAGUGCGUCCAGAAGGAGAUCCUCCCCGGGAUGAGGAAGGUGGUCGCGACCUGGAUGCUGGAGGUUUGCGAAGAACAGAAAUGUGAGGAAGAGGUUUUUCCACUGGCGAUGAACUUUUUGGAUCGGUUCUUGUCUGUGGAGGCGACCCGGAAAAGCAGACUCCAGCUGCUGGGGGCGGCCUGCAUGUUCCUGGCCUCCAAGAUGAAGGAGACCGUCCCCCUCACUGCCGAGAAGCUCUGCAUCUACACCGACAACUCCAUCCAGCCCGGGGAACUCCUGCAAAUGGAGCUCCUGGUUCUCAGCAAGCUGAAGUGGGACCUGGCCUCGGUGACCCCGCACGACUUCAUGGAGCACUUCUUAUCCAAGCUCAACAUCCACCCCAGCACCAGGCAGAUCCUGAGGAAGCACGCCCAGACCUUCGUGGCGCUCUGCGCUACAGACGUCAACUUCAUCGCCAGCCCCUCGUCUAUGGUGGCGGCGGGCAGCGUUGCGGCGGCCGUGCAGGGCCUGUACCUCAAGAGCCCCGACAGCUCCCUGUCCGCGCACAACCUCACCAACUUCCUGUCGCAGAUCAUCCGCAGCGACCCGGACUGCCUGCGGUCGUGCCAGGAGCAGAUCGAGGCCCUCCUGGAGUCCAGCCUCCGCCAGGCCCAGCAGUACAGCGUCUCCACGGAAACCAAGCACUCCGAGGAGGAGGUGGACCUGUCCUGCACCCCCACCGACGUCAGAGACAUCAACAUCUGACCGCCUCUGACGUGACGUGGAGAAGCAUGGACGACCCGUCUGGGCGGACACCCCAGGGGACUGAGGGGGAGGGGAGGAAAGGUGAGGGAGGGGCCCCCAGGUGCAGAGCGCGCUCCCGUACGGCCCGACGCGGGCCCCCAGCCCGGCUGGGACGCCCCACCUCAAACGGUCUUCAUGGUCCGGGUGACCCGGGCCCCCCACCCGACCUCCGGCCCCCUGCCCAUUCGGCCCCCCCCGAUGCCAGAGUCACAGGGGCCCUUAAUGUUCCUGCCUUCCUGUCUGUCCGUCUAGCGCUCUGUCUGGGGCCCCCCGGGGCCACGAGCGCCGCAGAGAGACAGACAAACAGACCGGACAGAGAUCCGCCGAGGCGACGCCACAUGGUAACGUGUGGCCGCCGGCUCCGUACAUAAAGUCCACACUAGGGCUCGUAAAGUGAAGCCAGUUCACAGUGCCUCCUGAGAACGUCCAGGGACGGCGAGUGGGCCAGCGCAGUCCUUAGGUUCUACAGGUGUCCUGAAGGCCCCUAGUCUGCUAGGGCCCAGCCAAGCCCCUCCCUCCGACUCGUGUGUCUUGCUUUAUAGACUUUCAUUCAUAAUUUUGCAUGUGUGUUUAGUCACUUUACUGUACGUGAUGAUAGCCCUGUUAUGCUUUUAUAUUCACUCCAGUGUAC